UUUGUUUACAUCGGUAAACGGCACAUCAACACGCAGCGAAAGACGCCAAUCGUAAAUAAUGCACACGCCAAAAGCUCUUCCAACGAUGAAUGAACAAGAAAAGUUAUCGUUUGCGGCAUUUAGUCAAAAACUGCUAAAGUAUUGUUCCAACAGUGCUCAUUGUUCGGUGCAAGAGAAAGAAAUCGUCACACGCUUUGAGAAGCUCAUCGCACAACGAGACGAAUGCCUUGCCCAUUUGGUAAAACGUAAGGAGGAAGAUUUGGUGUGCACCGAGGACAUUAGCGACAUGGAGCACCAGCUGGUGGAAGCGGUAGAAUUUUUGGAAAGCAUCGAAAAGAAGUGCAACCUGCUAUCGCUCGAACAGCUGUCGAUUGAUGGUGAAGAACGGCCGAUUAAGGAAGAUGCUCAGCAGCAUGCUUCGGAGCCGGCAGUGGAAGAGUCGUCCUAUCGAAGUAACGAACAGCUGCUCAAUCGAUUUCUACGUAAAUAUUGUAAUCUUUACGUGAAGUUUAACAGUAACGCGGAGACAAUUGGCGUUUUAUCGCUGGCGGACCACCAGUACAAAGAGUUCGACUUGAAGGACAGUAACGUGUCGGAAUUAAGAGAUCAGAUUUGGUCUUGCUUCGCUGCUUCCAGCGUGCUUUUGAACUCGUGGGAACAAUUGUUGUAGCGUUGCGGGGCAAGCUUAAGUUAAGUUCUAUCGUUUUGUUUCAAAUCGAUAUCGAGGAUCGAUAUCGCUAUGAACAUCGCUUAGGUUAAGUUGAUGUAGAGAUCUAAUUUUUCACGCUUUACCAUGCUUACUGCAGUCGAAUUGGAAAGUGUUUUACCUUAAGCUACAAAAAGGCUACAUAAAACGUUUAUUACUCAAUUUUUAAUCAAUCCAUUACCUUCACUUUGAAGAUUUUAAAAGUCAUAGUCCAUCAGAGCCUUUUUUACGAUAGUAAUUUACUCAAAUAUGAGAUGUGAAAAUUUAUUAAUGCUUAAAAUGAAUCACAAACGCCUUCAUGAUAAAAUUAUUUAAUGGAUCAAUAAACAGGAAUCUACAUUAAAAUCAAUAAAGACGACGAGAAAUAAAAAAAUCGUUUACCACACGCUCGAUAUGUGGUUAGUUAUUCUUGGCACAAUUUCUCUCGUCCGUUGGCUAUCUAGCCCCCCGUACCCCAGGCUUAUCUUAAUUCGAUGGAUAAACGUUGUAGGUCAAACCUUUAAAUGUUUGUCUAGCGACGGCUGGGCAUAUCUUCUAUGUUUGCUGUGAACAGUCCGCCGUUACUGCUAUUAAACGGUUAUCGGUUUCGGCCUCGCAGCAUAAAAUUACAUGUUCUCGUUUUGGUAGUGGAGUCAACAUUUGCCUAAAUGAUUGUUAAAUGAAGCAUUUAUUUCGAUGGAAAAUAGGGUGCGUCAGCAAAAGGUAAAUAAGUGUAAAGUCACCAAAACAUUUUUGGCAAAUAUUUACCCAAGCCAGCUUAUCAGUUUAGUUAAUAAGAAAAAAAAUCUUCAAUAAAUUAUAGCUACUCAAUCGAUGUAAUUGAUUUGUAGAAUAGAA